AUGUUUGGCGCUGGUCGGCUGGUGUCCAGCCUCUUACCCACCGUCUUCCCCUCGCCCGCGACCCACUUCUUCCCAGCGUUCCAUGCGAGGCUGGCCUCUCCGGCGGAGGGGCACCUUCUGUUCCCGGGGCCCUUCCUGAGCUACGAGUCACUGAGGAGUUACCUGCAGCCCCACCCCGGCAAGGCGGAAGCCUUCCUGCUGGCCUCGCACGCGGCCGCCAUGGGCCGACUCACAGAGGGGAUGGAUGAACAGAGGCCAGCGAAGCAGCGGCGUGCGCGCGCCAACUACAGCAGCUGGCAGCUGGAGGAGCUGGAGAAGGCCUUCGAGAGCACCCACUACCCGGACAUCUUCAUGAGGGAGGCCCUGGCCCUCCGGCUGGACCUCAUGGAGGCACGGGUGCAGGUGUGGUUCCAGAACCGCCGCGCCAAGAUGCGACGCCAGCUGAAGCUCCAGAGCCAGCUGGCAGGACGCUACACCGCCACGGACGUCAAGGCCACGGGGACCUGCGGCCAGGACGCACAGAGGGACCUCAAGAGUUCCCCCCACGCGGCCGAGGGCUCCGACGGCGAGCGAUGGGAGGGACGAGAGGACUUAUGGGCGGCGGAUGCGACCCGAGACGCGACCCAGGACCGGACGCGGCCCGUAGACGGGAGGUGGGGGGUUGGCGGCGGCGUUGGGGGCGGCGGUAGGGAGGGUCCCAGCUCGGAGGACUUGCGUUCCUGCAGCAUCGCCAAGCUGCGGGCCGAGGCCAGGAGACACGCAGCAGAGAUACGAGGCACGGCGGCGUCUGAUUAA